AUGACUGCAGAGGUGCAGCAGGCUCCUUCCUCUCAGCCCCCUCCUCCCGCGGCGCACGGCGGCUGCAGCCUCAUGUCCUCCGCGCUGGAGAAGCAGCAGCAGCAGCAGGGCUCGGCCAUGGAGUCCGCCUCCUCCGCCGCCAGCAGCACCCCCGCGGGCGGCGGCAAAGCCAAGAAGAGCAACGCCGGGAUCCGGCGGCCGGAGAAGCCCCCUUACUCCUACAUCGCCCUGAUCGUCAUGGCCAUCCAGAGCUCGCCGUCCAAGCGCCUGACGCUGAGCGAGAUCUACCAGUUCCUGCAGAGCCGCUUUCCCUUCUUCCGCGGCUCCUACCAGGGCUGGAAGAACUCCGUGCGCCACAACCUCUCGCUCAACGAGUGCUUCAUCAAGCUGCCCAAGGGGCUGGGCCGCCCGGGCAAGGGCCACUACUGGACCAUCGACCCGGCCAGCGAGUUCAUGUUCGAGGAAGGCUCCUUCCGCAGGAGGCCCCGCGGCUUCAGGAGGAAAUGCCAAGCUCUCAAGCCCAUGUACAGCAUGAUGAACAGCCUGGGCUUCAACCACCUCUCCCCGGAGAGCUACAGCUUCCAGGGCACGGCCGGGGGCCUCUCCUGCGGCCCCAACAGCCUCGGCCUGGAUGGGGGCCUGGGCAUGAUGAACGGGCACUUGCCCAGCAACGUGGACAGCAUGGGCCUGGGGGGACACUCCGUGCCCCACCUGCCUGCCAACGGCGGGCACUCCUACAUGGGCAGCUGCACCGGCUCCUCCGGGGGCGACUACCCGCACCACGAGAGCUCCGUGCCGGCCUCCCCGCUGCUGGCCAGCGGCGGGGUGAUGGAGCCCCACUCGGUCUACUCCAGCUCGGCCUCGCCGUGGGCCCCUUCGGCCUCGGCCGCCUUGAACAGCGGGGCGCCCUACAUCAAGCAGCAGUCCUUGUCCCCCUGCAACCCCGCGGCCAACCCGCUCUCCUCCGGCCUCUCCACGCACUCCCUGGACCAGUCCUACCUGCACCAGAACAGCCACAACGCCGCAGAGCUGCAAGGAAUCCCUCGGUAUCAUUCCCAGUCUCCAAGCAUGUGUGACAGGAAAGAAUUUGUCUUCUCUUUCAACGCGAUGGCCUCUUCCUCGAUGCAUUCAGCAGGGAGUGGAUCUUACUAUCAUCAGCAAGUGACAUACCAAGACAUCAAGCCGUGUGUUAUGUGA